CUAUGUGAAAAUGUGUUUUUAUCUGAAUCAUUCUUGGGCGAGACGGUUACUGUGGCUUAGCUCGCUCAGAAUGGGAGGCAAAAUGCACGAUACCAAUGAUGUGGAGAAAGACGUUGUACCAACUGAAUUGCUGGCAAAUUCAGAUUAUCGGCUUUCAAAAAAGUGUUCCAGUAUCAGAGUCCAGAGUGCCAACCGUUACACUAUGCAACCCUUCUAUUCCAGUAUCAGGAUUGCAACCUUGGUUAUUGCCGUAUGUAUUGUAAUCGUACUUAUUACUUUGCUAGCAACUGGAGCUAAAUUCCAUCAAAAGUCAUCGGAAUGUUUGGAACCUGCAUGCCCGGACAACUGGAUUGGUUUCCAAAGAAAGUGUUUCUAUUUUUCUGAUGACACCAAGAAUUGGACAUUCAGCAAGAGAUUUUGUGAAUCACAAGAUGCUGAUCUUGCUCAGGUUGAAACCCUCCAGGAACUGGGCUUUCCCUGGACCUGCAGGAGCUGGUCCCCCGCAAUGUACCUAAUCACAAAGCCCCAAAUACAUGAAGCAACAGAAUUGAAAUGAAAAACAGUUCUACAAUAAUAGUUAUGGACUUCAAUACUCCACUUUCAAUAAUGGAAAGAACAGCAAUAAGAAAACAGAGGUCUUAUACAACAUUAUAAACCAAUAGACCUAAUAGACAUAUGCAGAACACUACACCCAACAAUAGCAGAAUUCUUCUCAGGUGCACAUGGAAUAUUUUGAUAGACCACAUGAUAGACCACAAAUAUGUCAAUAAACCUGAAAAGAUUGAAAUCACACAAAGUCCUUUUUAGAAUCACAAUGGAAUGAAAGUAGAAAACAGUAACAAAAGAAAAACUAAAAAAUUCACAAAUAUGUGGAAACUAAACAACCCAUCUUAGACAUCCAAUGAUAAAAAGAAGAAAUGACAAGAAGAUGGUGGAAUAGGUAAAUGUUGUGUUUACCACCUUCCAUGACCACCUUGAAAUUACAACUAAAUUAUAGAACAAUCAACCUCAAGAACCAUCUGAAAACUAGCUGAACAGAGCCCCUAUAACUAAACAUAUAAAGACGAGGCCAUAUCAAGACCAGUAGGAAGGGCAGAGAUGCAAAAUGGGCUGGCCCCAAACUCACAGGUAAUUAUUGAGCAUUGGGAGGAAUAUCUCAGUGGUGGAGGUUGCCCUGAGGAGUGAGAGGUCCCAGCUACAUGCUGGGCUCCCCAACCCAAAGGUGCAGUGCCAGGAAGAGGAGUCCCCACAACUUCUGGCUGUUAAAAUCAGCGAAGAUGCUGUCCAUCCAAGUGAGAUGAAGUGUGGUUGGAAACCCAAACAUCCUCUUACAGGGCCUGUGCACAGACUCACUCAGUUGUAGGCACUCACCUUGGGCUCCAACAGAGUUUGGCAACUUGAGAGGCACCAAAGAUAUACAAGGUAAGACUGAGUUGUGUGGCUUUGGGAAAGGGCUAUAUGGACAGUCUCCAUUGUUGCAUGGAGCCUACCUCACGUGUAGCCAACAUGUAGGCACCAUCUUUCCUGUGUUGAGCCCUUCCCCACAUGGCCACACCUAAAACCACAUUGGCCUGGUGAACUCCACACACCUUACCCCACUGACUUUGCCCCACUCAAUUCGUGCAACAUAUACAGAGACACUUUCUGGCACCCUGGCAACCAGCACUGCCCUGCACAUUGCAGGAGGCUCUUUCAAGGGAUGAGCCUAAUGGGCUGCCAGAAAGUGACAUCAGGAAUAGAGGUGGGCUGGGCCUUUUGCCAAGCUGCCCUGGGCCUGAUACUGGUGACAAUCAACCUAGGUUCUCAGCAUAGCCACCUCCCACGGGUCUCCAGUUUCAGCACAGGCAACAACCAACCAUAGAUACCUUUGUAGUUCUUACAAGGUAGCCCUGUGCUGGUCACAGGCAGCAGCUGAACUUGGUCUGCACAGGAACCCCUUCUAAGAGGCCCCAGAAACAACACACCUGGAGGCCAGCUUCAGUCCACAACAAAACACUACCCCAUUAGCACGACAAGCAGCACACACAAAGGCAUGGUCUUAACAGGCAUAGGAGCCCACUGGGGUGAAUCCCCCUCUGAGGCGUCAGCCUCCACAUAGCAGCUCAUAAGCUCUGUGCAUGGCCAAUCCUCACAGCUAGUCAGUCUGAGAGUCAAUACCACCUUCUGAUAUGCCAAAGCAAUAAAGGCUCAACUAUAUCAGGAGGGCACACCCACCCACACAUGGGACACUCCUAGAUCACCACACUGUACAGGUCAUCAGGUAUACAGUGCCAUGGGGCCAUACAGGACAACUACUACAUAAGGCCACCCAGCGAAGACUGAGAGACAUAGCAGAUCUACCUAAUACAUAGAAAAA